CUGGCGUGGCACCGCGUGGGCGGAGUAACCGUAGACACGCCACAGCCUCCGAACCUCUCGAGUGAUUCAUUCGGUCGCCGGCUCGCUCCGUCUCCGCCGCCCUAUGGGCUCCGGGUCUCCAAUGGCACCUGCCGCGGGCUCCGAGCUGGGUCUGACCGUCCUCGCUCUUCUGCUUCUGCUGCCGGGUUCGGCCUGGGCGGGGCGGGCCGAAACUCACUCUCUUUCCUAUGACUUCACCAUCACUCCUAAAUUCAGACCGGCACCACGGUGGUGUGAGGUUCAAGGCCAGGUGGAUAAAAAGACUUUUCUUCACUAUGACUGUGCCAACAAGAAGGGCACGCCCUGUGGUCCCCUGGGGAAGGAAAUAAAUGGCACAAUCACCUGGAAAGAACAGAAAGAAACACUGAGCAAUGUGGUGGAAGACCUCACACAGGAACUACUCGACAAUCUACCAGAGAAUUAUACAGCCAGCGACCCUCUCACCCUGGAGGUCAGGAUGUCUUGUCAGCUUGAAGCCAAUGGGCACACCACUGGAUCCUGGCAAUUUGGCUUCAAUGGACAGAAGUUCCUCCUCUUUGACUCAGAGGAUAGAGAGUGGGCACUGGCACAUCCUAGAGCCAGACAAAUGAAAGAGAAGUGGGAGAAUGACAAGGAUGUGACCAAGUUCUUCCAUAACAUCUCAGUGGGAGAUUGCAGGAGAUGGCUUAUGAAAUUCUUGGUGCAUUGGGAGAAAAUGCUGCAGCCAACAGCACCACCCACCGAGGCCCCAGGCACAGCCCAACCCCUGGCCAGGGCCACCAGGUCCAUCUGCUGCAGCCUCACUCUGCUCCUCCCCUGCUCCAUCCUACUGGCUAUGGAAGCUACUCUGCCAAGCUCCUGUGAGCGUGGCCUGGCUCACACUCUCCCCUGUGGCCGCCACCUGUCCAGCACCUGCUGCUGGUGUCCAGACCUCCAGGAGUUCAAGCCUCCGCAAGUCCAGAGGCCGCCAGUGGCCACGAUGGAACUGCACAUUCCACAUCUCAGGGUUUUAUCGCUUCGUCAGGAUCCUGUUGCACUUUUCCAUGAAUACCAGCCUGUUUCUCUUGGACCGCAGGCCCAGAGCAGUUCCCGGGCUGCACUGCCAAGAGCCUACCCGUCCCCUGCUCCCCGGCUCCCCUGCUCCCCUGCUCCCCUGCUCCCCGAGGCCGCCGACUCUCCCGCGCAGCGCGAGGCACAGGCAGGUGCGUGGGCGGGGCCGCGUGAGCACGCGGGGGGCGGGGCCGCGCACGGAGGGGCGUGCCUGGGCGGGGCUCGCUGUGGCUCCGUCCCCGGCGCGGCCACUGUUCAGACCCCGGGUGCUGAACUACGCCGAGGCCGACCUGCCAGCACGCAGCGCGCGGGGGAGCCGGGCGGGGAGGCGCCGGGCGCCCGUCGGCCUCGGGCAAGGGAGAGGAGCGGUGCCCGGCCGGGCCAGCUAUGCCUCCGGCUGCUGCGGUUCCCGCUGGCGCCGCCGUGCCCGCGGCCUCCGGGACGCAGCCGGUUCCCGGAGGCGCUGAGCUCUGAAGCCGGGGCCUAG